UGCUUGAAACCCAAGUAAACCAACGAGCCCCUAUAUUAAAGCAGGCGUUGACCAGUCCUUGCUAUAAUGAAGAGAAGGCCGUGAAAAUGGCAAGAAUCCUCAGAGUUUUCAAAUCAAACCAAAACCAGUCAAAUAUAUUUCACGGCUCCCUCACAAUGAGGCAGCAGCAGCUGCAGCUGCAGCCACGACAACAAUGAAACCCCAAAGUCUCAUCCCAAUUUAACGGCACUGAAAAUGGCCAAACUCAUCUCGGUUGUCAAAGCAAACAAAAACCACGUCAACAAUAUUUCAAAGCUCACAGCCAGAUUGAUGGCUCCUUAUACAACUCUUGCUGGUCCUCCAGAGCUGAUCAGAGACCGUUUCGUGGUUGCCAAUAAUUUCGAGAAUGAGGCAGCCGCAGCCGCAGCCACGACAACAAUGAGACCCCCAAAUCUCUUCCCAAUUUAUGGUAACCCCUGCCUUGAUCUCUUUUUCAGAGUUGUGGAACCAUCCAAGUAUAAAGACUUCAGCGUCAAAGAAAAGAAGAUAUCAGAGAUAAAGGCCGAGGUGGAGGCCUCCUGUACAUAUCUCAAGCAAAUGCUGCCGCUGGCCUGGCAUGGUCCCACAAUCCUCUAACCACCCUCAAGCUCAUCUUCAACCUACUAGAUGAAAAAAGCUUUUGAUGUCUGAACUGAAUCAAGAGCCAUGGAAAGGAAAGGUGAUCAAUUUUAGUGAGUCGCCUCGGCUACACUUUAUACAAGGCAAUAAUCUUAUGAACAAGUGCGAGUUUGUCAGCAAUAUGCACAAGGACCAGAACCUUGAUUUUCAGAAGGUGUUUGAUUUGAUUUUGGAAGUGGCUGUGAAUGGGAAUUUGAAGCCAGAGCAGAUGAUCAAAAAGGUAUUUGUGCUCACAGAAUACAAACACUUUGAAGAUGUUUCCAGCAACAGCUGGAAGACUGAUUAUGAGGCAAUACAGAGCAAGUUUAAGGAGAAAGGGUAUGGGACUGCGGUGCCACACAUAGUGUUUUGGAGGUUCGAAAGUUUGGACCAUGAGUCUAGGCCGGUGAUGCCUUCCACAGAACCAGGGGUGACGCUUUUGAGUGGCUUGUCCAGCAAUUUGAUCAAGUUGUUCUUGGAGAAUGGUGGAGAAAUUAGCCCCGACCAAUUCAUGGAAUCAGCCAUCUCUAGUAAAAAGUUUCAGAAGCUGGUUGUAGUAGACUGACUGAUUAGUUUGAUUUAUGAUCAUCUUAUCUGUCGAUUUAACUUAA